UUGCUGAAAACAUUUCUUAAUUAAUUCAUGUGUAAAAAAGGUAAAUUAUGAAUUCAGCGACAGUGCCCAUGCCGGUAGAAGAUGUACAUGGAGACGGUAGAUGGAUGAGCCAGCACAAUCGCUUCAUCUCAGAAGGCCGAGAGAGGGAGCCGGAAGUGUUGUUUGUAGGUGACUCUCUUAUACAGAGACUGGCACAAACAAACGUAUGGGAGAGCAUGUUUGAGCCUCUACACUGUCUGAACUUUGGGAUCGGUGGUGACCAGACACAGAAUAUCUUGUGGAGGUUGAUGAAUGGAGAGUUAGACACACUAGAAGCCAAGGUAGUGGUUGUUCUUGCUGGUACAAACAAUUACAGUAACACGGCAGAGGAGGUGACAGACGGGAUCAUGGAAAUCAUCAACGUCAUACAAAACAAACAGAAUAGCACACAAAUCAUUGUCAUGGGAUUACCACCCCGGGGAGAAAAACCAAACAAACUACGUGAGAAAAAUGCAGAAAUUAAUUUUAAUUUGUCACAAAAAAUUGAAAACAUGCCUAAUGUGAGUUUCCUGAAUGUAGAAGCAUCCAUGUUUGUCCGCGAAAAUGGUCUCAUCAGCCAUAACGACAUGUACGAUUAUCUUCAUCUAACGAAUGCGGGUUAUCAAAAACUAUGUGAACCUUUAUUAGAGGAAAUUCAGAACUUACUGCAAGUGUUCAUGAAAGUGGAGAACACAUCAAUGACAAUAUCUACCACAGCAUCUGAUGUUGAUGAUGAAGAAAACUGAACCACAAUGGGCUGUUGUGAUGUAACUGUUAUAAAUAGGUGAAUGACAAUAGAGGGCUUAUCAUGCUUUCUUCAUUAUUGUUGUGGCUUAAAAAUCUACCCCAUGCAAAAAACAUCCAUUUUGAAACCAAAUGUUCAAAUAAGUUUUAUGCAUAUAUACUGUUAUAAUAUUAUUUAUCAAAAAUGUUCAUGAAAUAAUUAAUUUGAAAAUUAUGAAAGUCUUUGCUCUUACUUUGAGAUGAACCAUGAAGUACCAUAGCAAAUUGGCAGUUUACAAGCUGUACUUUUUUCAGUUGGGUUGCUUUUGAAAUUUAGUUUGGUGUUCUCAUGCAAUAUAAUUCUCACUGUAAAAAUUUUAUGCAUAAAAAUCUUAGUUAGAAGCUCUGAAAUUGAACCCAAGUUUUCUUUUUUGGAGUAAUGAGUGAUAUUUUAUUUUUACUUUGAGAGAUUUUAAUUCUUAAAAUGUGUACUAUUUAAUCCAAAUGUUUCAAAACAUACUAGUUAUCAGCUUGGUCUUAUGGGAAGCAUGUAUGAAUUAAUCUACAUGUACGAUUGUUGGCAUUGUACAUUUGUGCAAUACUAUAAACUACACAUUAUGUACCCUUCAUUUGUGUAUAGCUGGGUUAUCCUUUGUACUCCAAUCAGCUGGGGUUCCAAACCCCCCUGAGGUAUUAUUUUUGACUUGUUGCCACUUGAUUUUGUACGUGUUCUACAUAUUUGUAUAUAUGAAGCAGUAUAAAGAUAUUAACCUUGUCCUUGUCCACAUUAUAAAGUAUCAGAAUACAAUACUUUAUUUAAUAUAAUUAUAUAUAUAUAUAUAUAUAUAUAUGUAUUCCGAAAUCUUGCCUAAUACAGUGUUAACAUUAAGUCUCUUUUAGUAAAUUUAAUUGUAAAAAAAAAAUUGUCUAAUAUAUAUAUCAGAAAUGGCAUUAGUCAAUCAAGUUUCAACUGUAUCAUGGUCACUGUAACAUUUUCUUCUGUUCUACAAUGUUUGCUGUGUGUGCUAGAUUGUGCUAAAUUUUGAAGUCAUUUGUGUGAACCAAUCUCCUAUGAUCCAACGUUUACUGUGUGGCUGUGCCAUCAGGACUAACAUUCCAGAUGAUGUGCAAUAUGUUCUAGAUUUGAUAGAGUCAGGAGUUAGGUUGUUUCAUAUUUUAUCACUGUGUUUCGUUAAUACAUGUACGUGUUAAAAAAAUGGCUUGUUGAUGACAUGUUUCUGAUUUUUUUUUUUAGAUUGAUAUUUUUGAUUUUGAUGAUCUCAGCAGUGUUUUUCCUAAUUGUUUAUUUACUUAUCUCUGAUACAUGUAUAAAAGUUUUUCUGAUGUAAUACAGACAAAUAUGGAUAUAAAUACUGGUAUUAUAGUGUACCUCAUUGAAUCUGCAAAACAAUAGCAAUGACAUUAUCAUGAUAUUAAGAAUUAUUUGAUUUUAGUGAAAUUCAUGAUGGAUCUAGAAAGUCAAUGAUGUUGUCAGUUUGUUUCAAUUGGUCUGAGGUCAUUAGGAUGACAUAUUGAUUGAUUGUUGAUUUAAGUGGCUCUUGUAAAGCUUUGGUUAUUAAUGCAAUGUUUGUAACACUACCUCUUUCAUAUAUAAGGUUUAUCAUUUUAAACAAUGAAUUAUCUAGUUAGAUGAUAACAAUCAUAUAAAUGACUCCUAAAAAUAAUCUUAGUCUAAAAAUAAUCUAUAGUCAUCUAAAAAUAAUGUAUAGUCAUCUAAAAAUAAUCUACAGUCAUCUAAAAAUAAUCUAUAGUCAUCUAAAAACAAUGUAUAGUCAUCUAAAAAUAAUCUACAGUCAUCUAAAAAUAAUCUAUAAUCAUCUAAAAAUAAUGUAUAGUCAUCAUCUACCCAAUUCCAUCACAGAGGGAGAAAAUUACUACACAAUUUUUUAAGAUCAUCAGAAAUUCUUCUUUGAUAGAAAAAAAUACAAAAUAAAAAAAAAAUUAUAAAAAAUACAUUUUGUGCAAACAAAAUGAACUGAUUAUUUAGCAAAACCAUACAUUCUGUAAGCUUUUCCACAAUUAUUGGGAUAUUAUGAGAUGUAAUUUUACUACUUACGUAAGACCAUCUUUUAAAAAAAAAUUUGCUUACCCUCUCCCAAUCUCUGUAUGAAAGAACUGGGUCAGUAGGAAGGAGAUAAAAAUAUUACUGAAUUUUUAAGGAAUUGUCAACAUCAAUGUCAUCAUUAACAUCAUUGCUUAAUUUACAAAAAUUAAAAUUGCAGGUAUUGAUAAAAUGAAAAAAAAAUGUUGACAGGACGAGAAAGUUAUGGAAUGAAUAAAAAAAUAUUUCCUGAUCUUUUUAAAGAUGCUUUGAGUCGGCCCAUUUUUAGUCAGGAGAGAGCAAGGCAAACAGGAAAUUUUUUUUUAUAGGCAAAUAUCCAGAAGCAUUUGCUGUAUUCUGUUUGUCAGAUCAGGGUUGUUAAAUUACGAAGUAGAGAAAUUUGACUUGAAUUAAUCAUGUUUACUGAAUACACAACUUUAAGAAAUAAUGCAGUGUUGUUCCAAAUUAGAUUGAUAUAAAUGUAAAAGACUAUAUGCAGUAGUGACCAAUUUUGCCCCCAGAAUCAAACUUAGAUGGAGAUAUCUGCAAUUAUGUUCUAAACCAAGGGGAUAUAUGCAGACUUCUGACCAUUUGAUAUUUUCAUCAACUAUGAUGCCAUAUGUUAGAUAUGACGUCAGGAAAAUGACGUAAAUUCAAAAUUCCCAUGAUUUUAAGAGAAAAGGGUGUGUAUUACGUUCAUAUUUUAAGUAAAAGUCACCAAGCGCAGGUCUGCUCCAACUCAGUGUUUUGGUAUAAUGUGUAGAAUGAUAUUAUCAAUGAAAUAUGUGAAAAAUGUGUUGGAGCAUGUUUGCGCUCUAUAAAUUAUAUAGUAAAAAUUUAACAAAUUUUGUCCUCUUUCUUGAAAAUAAUGCAAAAUCCAAAUAGUUUGUGACAUCAUAGACACAAAAUUGCCAUUGAUCUACUUUGAAACAAUAAUAUUUUUGUUAUUAAUUCAGAUUUUUCAUAUAAUAUAUACAAUUCAGUACAUUUCAAGAAGUUUUCAAAAUGUGACCUAUGGGGGCAAAAAUAUGCAUUUACCUUUCUUUUCUUCUUUUUUAAAGAAAAAUGGUGAUGGUUUUAUGAUAUGCUGUUUCUGACUAAAAGGCAUUUAAUUUUUUGUUGAAUUGCUGUUGAAUUGUAUGAGAUUGUCACUUUGAUUUAGCUCUUGGAUGAAAAAUGUACUACAUUGUACUUGUAUUUUGUCUACAUGUAUUUACAUCUAAUCAUAUUAGGUACAGAUUUGUUGGAGGUUUAGUAUGGUGCACUGGCAGACUUAACACAAUGAAAACAAUGAGUUGUAACCCAUGGGGAAGGAAUGCAGAUUGAUUGAUUCGAUCCUUUGUAGAGUAAUGCUAAUACAGAAAUUGUAUUGCCUUAUUUAUAAAUCACCUUCAAAUGAUGUGUGUGUAAUUCUGUUACAAAUUCAUCAUAAAAAUCGUCAUAUAUGUACCCUGUCUCCUAUAAUUUUACAAGAAAGUAAUGGUGUUCAAAUGUUCAAUACUCAUGCAGCAAAUAUUAUUUUUGGCGAUGUAGUUGUAGCAGAUUACUGUCAACCAGUAUAAAAUGGCACGCCUGUGUGUGCAUUAAUGUUUUAAGUAUACGCAACUCUGAUAGUAAAUAUAUGUUACAGUG